AUGAAGUAUUCAGGUAUUAUGAAUCCAAAGGAUAAGGAUUUUGUCACCAGAUUCCAAUUAUCACAAAUUGUUACUGAAGAUCCUUAUAAUGAAGAUUUCUAUGCUCAGGUUUUUAAGGUUAUUCAUCCAAAAACUACCAAUGGUGUUCAACAACAACAUCAACAUGAAAGCAACUCUAUUGCUCAAGCUUACUUGGAUCACAGUGGUCAUAGAUUGGGUGGUCGUUACAAGAGGGCUGAUGUUGCUUUACAAAGAAUGCAACAACAAGUUCAAAAAGCUGUUGCAGUUGCUAAGGAACGACCUAAAUUAACCCAAUAUGCUAAAGAAGGUGCUUUGGGUAAGAUUUCUGUUGGUGGUGGUAAGAACCCAAGACAGCAAUUGGUUAUUGUUAGUAAAGCUGCUGAAAGAGAACAACUGCAAGAUCAAAAAGUUGAAAGAAAAGAAGGCACCAAGAGUUAUAGCAAGAAGGAUAUUUUGAGUAUUUUAGAAAACAUUAUUUGUGAAUUGAUGAAUGUUGAAAGUGAGUCAAGAACUAAGCAAGAUGUUGAUACCUCAAAAUUGUGGGAUUCUUUAAAGAUUUUAGAACAACCAUCCAGUUCAGGUGAUGAAGAAAAUGAAGUUAACCCAUUUAUUCAGUGUUUGAACUACAACAAGAUGUUGAAGAUCUUACCAAGACUUUUCAAAUUUUUAAACAGAGAACAAGUGUUGACUAUUGUUACUUUGAUUAUGUCUAAUUUAGAAAACUUGUUGGUUAUUAAGAACGGUUCUUAUACUACUUAUCCAGAUAAGAAAUUACCGGAAAAGAUUGUGAAAUUGGUUGAUUCUUAUAGUUUAACAUUUUCCAAAAUAUUGAUGAAUGCAGUAUUGGAAUUCAAGUUCAAUGAAAUUAUUGGGUUGUUGGUUAUUUUGAUUGAACAUAACAAUGUUUCAUUUGUUUCUACCACAAAGAUUGGUUUAUCUAUAUUGACUACAUUGUUAUCAAGAGCUGAAUUGAUUAUUGGUGAAGGUACGAUAUCAGCUACUGAUUUAUCUGAAUGGUCUUCAUGUUAUGAUGAAUUGUUUACUUCAUUGGAAUCAAGAAUCCAAGCUAUUUUCCCACCAAAUUUCGAAGAAUUGGAUGAUGGAUCAAGUAGAGAAAAUUAUAUUUGGCAAUUUUUGGCUACAUUGUCAUUAGGAGGUAAAUUAAGUCAUCAAAGAAUUAUUGUUGAUGAAGUAAGAGAUGAAAUUUUUGGAGUUAUGAAUAGGGCCAAGAAGAUUGAUAAUUCUGAUUAUAAUAAUUUAUACAAGAAACAGAAUUUAUUGAAUAAUUUGAAUAUGUAUUUGGUUGUUAUGGGAUUAGUUGCUGAUGAAAAUGACAUUAAAGAACUUCAACAGUAA